AUGACGGCCACCACGAAGACGUACCGGACUAAAAAUCCGGAUCAGAACAAGACAAUGCAGAUCUUGUACGCGAGCGAGCUGUCCGACCUGUCAGAAGCCCGAAGUAUAAUGCGGACAAUGACAAUGAUGCCCACCGGAAUGGAGCGGGAAGAGGAGAUGGAGACACAUUUGCAAGAAGCCAUCAACUCGCAGCAGGCCACCACUUCCGGGAUGGGCGAGGCGACGUCGGUCAUUCCCACUCCCAAGGUCUACCCGAUAGAGACGGAGAGAUACGAGCGGAUAUACCAGACGCUCGGCCCGACGUCUUCACAUCUGAUGCGGGUGCAAGCCUGGGAAGCCCUUGAGCACGAAAAGCCGGUCUACGACUGUGACAGUGACGACGAAAAAUGGUUAAAACGGAAAAAGGGCCAAGUCACCGCUCGAGAACUAGAACGAGUUUUCACGGAACUCGAAGCAAAAUCGUCGGAUACGCAAAUCAUCCUGCCGGACAAUGCCAGACGAUGUGUGCAGUCGAUCAGUGUCCACAUUAUCGAUAUGGUCUACGACUAUUGGUUGACAAAACGGAAAACGAAGCUUCAAAGCGGGCAACCCGGCGGCUUGAUCCCGAAAAUCAGGACGGAAGCGAAGAAAGAGGGACAGAUCAAUCCUUAUAUUGCGUUCCGGAGACGGAUUGAAAAGAUGCAGACACGAAGGAAUCGGAAGAAUGAUGAGGACGCGUAUGAGAACGGGCUGCGGUUAUCCCGAGAUCUGCGACGGGCUGUGCAAUUGGCGGAUAUGGUCAAGAGACGAGAGAAGACCAAGCUGGCGCUGAUUGAGAGCGACAUAGAAAUUCUUCAAACGCACUUUGAGCUGGACGACUACGAUCCACAGUUGUACAUGCAGCUCGUGAACUCGCUGAGGGAUAAGGUAAAAGAGCCGAUCGCCGACGAGCCCAGCGUGCCCAGGAAGAAGGCGAGGAGGCGGAGGGUGAUGCCCGACAUUGACCGCGAAGUCCCCAAUCGAGCAUGGUUGGAGAAAAAUGAGGAGUUGUGGAAUGUGCCGAUCGAAGGCAAUUUGUCAACGGUUCUCAACUCAAACAUGACGGUCGAGGUGCCAGAAAGUGACGAUUCCGACCCGUACGAAUUCCAGCCGUAUCGUUGGUGCGCUUAUGCGGAGGCGGAUCCGAUCGCCGUCAACCCACUUUGCCAGGAUUCGGACGUGGAAUCGUCAGAGUCGGAGUUGAUGUCGGCGAACGAGGCAGAAGACGAAGAGGAGGACGAGGAAGAGGAAUUGGAGGACGAAGAAGAAGAAGCCGUUGAGAACGAGGUGGGCGAAUACGAGGAGGGACAGGAGGAUGAGGAGCAGCAGUGUGAAGUGGUCGAAGAAAACGGAGAAUCCGAGGAGGAGGAGCCGUUUACCGAAUACUAUCCAACUCGAGUCCGAAUCGGCAGGGGCGGGCGGCGAAUCGUGGAGCGGAAGGUGAUCUACUACCCGCCCGAAGUCUACAGCGAGGAGAAUGACGAGCCCAGCUGCUCCCACCAGGAUGAUGUUGAGGAGAAAGAGGAGCCGGCAAGUCAGGAGGACGAGGUUCGAUUGGAAGACCGACCGCUGUUGAUACCAAAGGCGGCUCUGGCUGCCCAGGAAAACGACAAAGUUUCUCUCAAGAAGCCUCCUAUCGGUCUGGGAUCCGUUUUUGAGAAUUCACCAAGCGAAGAGUCACGAUCCUGCUCUCCUGUAUUCCCCGGCUUACCUUGGCACUCGACAGCACAAACGAAUGGAACGGCAAAUUCAACUCAACUUCCAGCA